AUGCUUGACGUUGCCCGCGCCGGCGACUUGCUAGGCUGGGUGCUGGGCUGGGUGCUGCCCACGUCGAGGGCAGGCACCCUGGCGCUGGGCACCACGGUGAUGCUCGGCCUGGCUUUCCUUGUCAAGACGUUCCUCACCUGGCGGCGGCUGCGCCACGUGCCGGGGCCGUUCCUCAACUCCAUCACGCCGCUGGUGCUCACGUACCACUGCCUCAAGAACGACGUGACCACGUACACGUACGAGCUGUCGCUCAAGUACGGGCCGCUGGUGCGCAUCCAGCCCAACGUGGUCGUGCACUACGACCCCGACACGUUCCGCCGCGUGUGCUCCGUCAAGGCCAACUACAGCAAGGGGCUGUGGUUCGAGUUCUCGCGCUGGGACCUCAACCGCCCCUCGUGCAUCGCCAUGCGCGACAACGAGAGCCGCAAGAUCCGCAAGACCAAGCUGCUGCCUGCUGCAAGCCAGGGCCUGUCCAUGGCCGAGUCGCGCGUCGACAGCCAGGUGCGCGCCUUUGUCGACCUGGUCGGCCGCAAGUACCUGUCGACGCCCGGCAGCGCGAAGCCCAUGGAGUUUGGCCACCGCGCCCAGUUCUUCACGCUCGACGUGGUGACGAGCGUCACGUUUGGCGAGGCCUGGGGAUUCCUGAGCCGCGACGGCGACGUCGAGAAGUACCUCGAGACCACCGAGGCCAUGAUCCCCAUGUUCGGCAUCUUCGGCUCGCUGCCUUGGCUCGUGCUUGCCGUCCACGCCUGGCCGCUGAGCCUGGCCAUGCCCGGCGAGGGCGACAAGAUUGGCUUUGGCCGGCUGAUGAAAUUUGCAAGCGAUGCCGUCCAGAAACGGCUCCAGCCCGGAGACCCCAACACCGAGCACGACCUCAUCCGCGCCUACCUCCGCAACGGCCUAGACCCCGAGGACGUGGUCCAGGAAUGCAUCACUCUCGUCGUCGCCGGCUCCGAGACCACGUCCGUGGCGCUGCGCAUGGCAAUGCUGUGCCUCCUAACAACGCCAUCAGCAUACCGCAAGCUGCAGGCCGAGAUCGAUGGCUUCUACGUGGACAAAAAGUCAGCCAGCGACAACGACGGCGUCAUCAGCUACGCCGACGCCAAGACGCUGCCGUACGUGCAGGCCGUGAUCCGCGAGGCGAUGCGGCUGUGGCCGCCGUCGGCGGGACUGUUCAGCAAGCAGGUGCCCGACGACGGCGACACGGUGCACGGCUUCUUCCUGCCGCCCGGCACCGAGGUCGGCCAGUGCGUCAUGGGCUGCGGCCGCGACCCGCGCCUGUGGGGCGCCGACGCCCACGUCUUCCGCCCCGAGCGCUGGUUCGAGGUUGGUCCCGAGCGGUUUGAAGAGAUGCAAGCCGCCGUCGACCUCAUCUUCAGCUCGGGCAAGUACGUGUGCCUGGGCAAGCAGGUCGCCUACAUGGAGCUGAUGAAGCUGUUCGUCGAGGUUUUCCGCCGCUACGAUGUUGCCGCGCAUAACAAUGCCCAGCCGUUGAAGUUGAGGGACCCAGUGACGUGGCUGUCGACGGACUUCUUCAUACGCUUCACUGAAAGAGAGAAGGCGUGA